GAGUUCGUCGCGCAGGCCAAGGCGGCAGCCAAAGCCGCUCUCACCGCUGCGGCGGAAUCAUUCAAAGCAUCGCAGGCGGAGGUCGAGUUCAUGGACAGGGUCAAGAAGAAGAGGCUCCCGUGGCCGAAGUUCCAGCUCAACCAGCAAGAGGUACUCCCGCCAGGGUCAGCCAGUCGGGCAGCGUCGGCAGCCUACCUGGAGGGCAGCCAGCAAGCACAACCUGGAACAGAGGACCUGGGCGCGACGGCAGCCGCCAGGGGCGCGGGCAGAGGCGGCGGAGCGGCGAGCUCCCAACAAGCACUCCAUCUUCAUGCAGAACCUGUCUACCUGGGGACGGAAGCUCAAGAAGAGAUCGACGCGCUCGCGGGCGAUGUCGCGAUCUUCCCCGAGGCGCGCGUCGGGGCAGACGGCGCGAACGACAUCCUGGAGCACCUGGAGUUCAAUGGCUGGACGGCGGUGGCGUCGCCUUCGCGAGCUCGCCAGGGCAGCGAGCUGGCGGGGGGCAUUGGCUUGGCGGCCCGUGCCCAUCUUUCAGUGACAUCAUUGCGGUAUGUGGCCGCCAAGAAGGGGCAGAUGGUCCGGCUGAGGGUGCUUGACAAGAAGGAGUGGAGUCCUGGCCCCAUCGGCUUCCAGGACAUGGUCGCCGUCAAUUGGCGUUGGAUGGGGCAGUCUAUCUUGGUGGUGGGCAUGCGCCUGACUUCAUCGGUUGGUGUGCGCAGCAAAGUGAAUCUUAGCAAGUUGGCAAGGCUGGCAGCGAUCGCGCGGUGCCAUGGCGGGCCGUGGGCAGAGACUGGCGAUUGGAAUUCAGAGUCCCGAGAGUUACAGCAAGCGGGAUGGUUGGGCAUGCUCGGCGCAACCAUCAGGACGCUGGGUGACGUGGACCGCACUUGUACGCGGAGCCCCUCCAGGAUGAUGGGCUGCGUGGUGUGCUCAAGGAGUUUCUGCGCGGCCUUGGACAAAGUGGAUUCAGACCAGCGGGGCCUCGAGCUCGCGCAGCCCUUCUCGUUGCCCGGCUUGCCCAAGAAGAAGGCGGACCCCAGCGGCAAGCGCAGCGGGCAGAAGGCCAAUAAUCAUGUGGGCGGGUUCGAGCGCGGGUCAGCUCGCUGCGCGGAGCUGCCCAAUGAGUGCAUGGUGCGGAACGAGAUGGAGGACUUGUUCGGUGAGUGCGAGUCGAGCAUCGAGGACGGCGAGGUCAGCGAGGAUUCCGCGUGCGAGGAGGCGAAGGCGAAGCCCCGAAAGUCCGAGGAGGUCUUCGACUUUGAGUCAGCAGCGCGCCUUUUCGACGAAGCGGCCGCGAAGGAUUUGGGGGCGCAGUGCGGGGCCUGGAUGCGCGCGUGCGAGCAUUGCUUCGUCGCGAUCGUUCAAGUGCACCCUGACAAAUGGAGGAACUAUUGCAGCAGGGGCGUGGGUAUCCACGUCGUCAACGUCUCGGCCAAACUCAGCGCGGACGUGCCGGCGGACGGCGGCCAGUCUAUUAGGUGCUGGGGUACCCUUGCGUCUUACUCGCUGGAGUUGCAGCGAUGCAAGAAGGGCAAGGCAAGGUGGAGGGAGGUUCUUCGCAACGUCGGCGGCGUGCGCGAGGAGCAGUUGCAGGGCCUGGGCGUAGCGGCGCUGGCUACAGCGAAGAAGGGCAAAGCGCCGAGGCAGUGGCGCAAGAAGUGGGCGAGCCAUUUCCGCCGCGAGACCAUCUUCGAGAAGCUGGAUAUCACCGGGGAGGCCGCGACCGACGAGGGCGGGGCGAUCGUCGCGAUCGAAGACUUCAACAACGCGAUCGAGUCGAUGGCGAAGAGCAAGGCGAAGGGUAUCGAGCAGAUGGGCGCCCUGGCUUGCAAGAGGUUGCCGCCUGGCGCCUGGGGGGGGCUUCGUAAGCUGAUCGAGGAGGUCGAGAGGAUGGGCGCAUGGCCGCGGCAGCUCAUGCUCGCGCUAGUCAGCCUGCUCAGGAAGGAUGCGGGAGGCGAUCGAGCGAUUGGGUCGCUACCCGAAGUGGUCAAGUUAUGGUCGAAGAUGCGCAGCGAGUGCACCAUCGAGUGGGUCGCGCACAUGGCGGGGGAGUGGGGCGCAGCAGUGUCGGGCAACAGCGCUCUGCAGGAGGCUCUUGUCCGUUCGUUUGCCGACGAGGCGCUGGAAUGGGCGCCCAUGCAGGUCUGCGCCGUCACUGCCCUGCCGGGCCCAAGGGAGUUCUGCGACACUCUGGAGCCCGUCCUGAUCCUGAAGGAGGGUCUUCGCCUCGGCAUCCCAGCCCGCGCUUUGCACUUGGAAAUGCUGAGCCACUCGGGCACGUCCAUCUGCGCGGGCGCUCGGCGCGGCGUCGACUUCGGCGGAGUGGCGCUCUCUGUGGUACUCGAGAAGGUGAGCGCGAAGUGCGAGCAGAUCUGCGCGCGGUCGUGGGUGGGCGACGUCGCGACGAGGAUGAAGGACUCCAGGGGGGGAGUAGUCAGACAGCUGUCCAACGCUGGCGUGGAGUUCGCAGCUGGCGCCAAGAAGGCGCGGCUGACGUCGUCCACGGAGUCCGCGCUCAUCGGGAAUGACAUGGGCGUAGUCAACGAGGUGGCGCUGAAGCUGCACUCGCGCAACAUCACCGUGAAUGUCAGGAGUCAGGCGCCCGACCCGGGCAUCGAUCGGGGGCGCGGCGGCGUCGCAGGGGGCAAGGGCAAGCGCGCAGAGAGGGCAGCCCAUGCAGAUCGACAGGUGUCUGGGCGGUGCCUCACCGCGCUGCUGCAGGUGGAGAUCGCGAAGAGGGGCCCCGCUUUCGGUGCCGCCUUCGCACUGCUGGACUACUGGAUGCACGUUAUCCGCGGCGGCAAAAGGGCGAUGGUCAACGCGUUGCUGGACCUCGACUGGGGCCCGAAGGGACCAUGGCAUUGGGUGUCGGGCGCAGACGAGGAGUUCGGCGGCAGCGACCCCACGGGCUUGGAUGGCGACCUCGACAUCAGCGACUUGAAGCAGGCGCUCAGCGACGCGAUAGAGAGGAGGCAGUGGACUGCGGCGGCCGACCACAACGCGGGCAAGGGCUUGAAGGAAGGCGCGGACUUGCUCUCGGCCAGGGCUCUGAUCCGCAAGCUCGAGGCGAAGGGCGAGUGCGACGAGGUGGGGGCGCAGCUCGCUCUCUUUACUGGUGGGGUUUGGCCGUGGCAGCGUGUUGCCGACUUAGGCAUCGAAGUAGAGGGCGUGAUGCGUCCGCGGUGCGGGGAAGACCCCGAUACUUGGGUGCGCCGCAUGCGGGGGUACAAGUGCAACGAGAUCAUCGAG